AUGGCGGCUAAACGCAAGGCAGAGGAUGACGAUGAUGGUGAAAAUGUAUCAACUUUGCAACAGAAAAGGCAGGAAACUACGACCACACAAGAAACAACGACUGCUUGUAACACGGAUUCUUCAUAUUACCCACAGUUUUACGAACAACGCGGUCCGUGGAUAACUAUGUUCGACUGGAAUAGCGGACUCAACUAUUAUCAAAAUAUUAGCGAUUAUAGAACUCAAUGGGAAAAACCGACCGAAUGGGAUUCUCUUCACCCACUUUUUAUUCCAGCAAACCAAUAUUUUUAUCAAGGAUUUUACAACGGAGCAGCAUAUGGUAAAACAAACAAUGAUCCUGUGGAAAACGUUAAACAAACUGCCUGUGAUGUAGAAGGUAUGGUUGAGAGACUUCUAACAAAGCCAGCUCGUCGACAGAUUGAUCCUGAAGAAAAAGAAAAGUUGCACUGGAUUCCUGAAGGUGCCACGGAGUAUAAUAUAUGGUACGAUCGAUGGGUGGGAGAACAUUGGCGGAAUGACAAAGAUCACGGGCCAUCAGAGACAAAAUGCUGCAUAGAAACAGAUGCAGGAUUCACCAAGGCAAAUAUUGAUGAUCCUGGUGGAAACAAGCAUUAUUAUUGCAUUUAUUUUGCUAGAGGCUGUUGUCAUCUGGGUUCUGAUUGUGGUUAUCUGCAUAUUAUACCCACUGAUAAAGAUGAAAAGAGAAUUGAUCUAGCUCAUGAUGUUUUUGGCCGAGAACGUCAUCGACUCCACAAGGAAGACAUGGGAGGGGUUGGCACAUUUGAUAAAGAAUGCAGAACACUAUAUGUUGGAGGCCUGGGCUGUCGAACAACACUGGAGAAGCUUUUGUGGACUGAGUUUGGGGAGUGGGGUGAAAUUGAGGACAUAAGAAUAAUACACAAACGCAACAUAGCAUUUGUACGCUACAAGAACAGAGUUAAUGCUGAAUUUGCAAAGAUUGCCAUGUCAGAUCAAAAGCUGAACAACAGAGAGUUGCUGAAUGUGAGAUGGGCUUACGAUGAUCCAAAUCCAAAAUCACGAAGAGAGGAGCUGUUGAGAUCUAAACAUAGAGUACUUGAGGCGGCCACAGAGCGAGGGUUACUUCAGAAGGCUCUUACACGUCCCACUCAGCCAUCUGGUGCUCAGGUUACAGGGCCUUAUCCGAACACAGACAAUCAGUACCCUGUGGAAUGCGGCCCUCAGACUAAAGAGCAAUUUGAGCAGGCCGAGGUUCUCCAAAAUGUUUACACAGACUGUACAAGGUUAGACGAAGCCCUCAAGAAAGUAGAGGCCUUCCAUUCCGAGAACACAAAGAAGGGUGAUGUGAACACGGCUCAACAGCUUUCUGAAUAUAACAAGAAUGAAAAUAAUCAAACCUCAGAGGCGUAUUGGAACUGUUCUGAUUAUUAUAGUGGGUACAGUAGUUACGAUUACGGACAGGCGUGGGACCAUUCACAUCAUAAUCAUCAGACUGAAGCAGGUUACUCUACGAAAGAUCCUUACAGAGAAGUGAUCGCAAGCAAAGAAGCGGAGUCAGAUUCAUCUUCUGCCGGUUAUGAUUCUGCGUCCAUGAAAGUAUCAACUUCCGAAGCAAUCCCGAGUAUCGACUGAUCAAUCUCGGAACCCGAUCGUAGACCAGAGAGAAGAUGAUAUAAACGUGUGCGGGGCUAUGGUUCUUAAGUGCACGUGAUCACCUUUUGUUAACAAAGAAUGAUGCAGGUGUCAUCCUCGUAGAAUUCGGUGCUUACCCAAUGAUUGGUUUUCUCUCUGGUCUGCCUUGUGAACACUGGCGAAGCUUGCCGUAACCGUAAUUAGCUGGCACAAGCUCUAGGUGUUGUUACUUCACACGUCCACACAUGUAUACCUGUCAUAUGGCAUCUCUGGGUUUUGUUAUGAUUGAGUUCAACGCAGAAA